AAACAGAAGACGCAUACGAGUCGUUCAACGCAAAGGAAGUAAGCCCUGUGAAUAUGUUGUGGGGCGGCAACACUGUGAAUAUGUUGUAGGCCGCACGGGGAAUAUGUUGUAGACUCAACAUCAGCGGAAGCGAGCCAGCUUUCUGCGGGGGGGCUUACUGCGCCGGGCCCAUAACUCAGCCCUGUCCUCCGAACAAAACACGAUGUGCCGUCUUCCGAAAUUCGGCGUCAUCUCUGGACCACGUUUUUCCGCCGCCGUCUUUUAAGGAGCAUCUUUAAGUUUGCUACAUUAAAAAGGAAACGCCAAGAUGAUGAGAAAAGAUAACUUUGUAAGCUUCAAGAACAUGGCUUUCGCUGAAACGACGGUUUCAUCUGGGACCUGGAAGUCAGAGUAAUAAGUCUUACUUUAUUACGAAUUUGAUCUGCGUGGUCCUCUAUUAUAGAAGGAAAAAAAGAACUCAGUCUCAAAAUGUUAAGUUUUGGCGAAACGGCGAGGGAAUCGGCGGCUUCCGGGUCUUAAUUUAGAUAAAUAGUGAAGUGGCUAGUUAAAUAGAUAAUAUAAAUAGACUAGUUUUUUUAUUUUAUUUCAAACUAUUCACUUAGAUUUUAGACGAUUAAGUACCCUACUACUGCUACUAUUAACAUUAAGUCUAAGUCUUCUGGGUGUUCUAUGGCGUGGCUGGAGCGCUUUCGAAGCUGCGACGCGAUCGUGGAUCCCGCGUAUCAGUUUUUGACCCUGUUGCGCUACCGGAUUAUGCAUGUAUGCAGGGUGUCUGAAAAGUAACUGUGCCCAAUGUUGUAUAUUUAUGCCUACAUAGUUCCUCUUCAGUCCUCUUCAAUCAUGAGUUGAAGGCGUUCGCUUGCUAUGCUCAUUAUACAUAGGCUAUCGAGAGUCACUGUCAGGACUUCAUCGAUUUUCAGCUGUUUUCUCCUUCUGAUUCAGACUCUGCCUCAUAUAAUGAUGAUAAGUGAGACUCUACUUGGAUUACUUAAUCGUACCUUCAGAAUAAUUUCAUUUCUCGCUACAAAGUGCCGUACCUAUUCCAGUCGUGGACCGGUCGACUGAUCGCUUUUGCUGAAGCCCGAGGACCGAUCGCGGAUCCCGAUAGUAUAGGAAUUAUGUUGAGAUAGAAAAGAUCCGAUAAUAUUGAUUAGCCUUCAUAUAUUGAUAAGCUUCCAUAAGGACUACCCCAAAACGCUGCGAGGAUAAAUAGGCUUCCAGGGGGGGGCGCCUCCCCUGAACUAUAUAUUGUAAUCAAAGAACCCAUGAUUAUGAUACUCAUUGGUUCUUUGAUAUUACUGUUUCUGCUAUUACUCCUGACGUAAUGAUUUACACGCGCAUACGUCAAUAAUCUUCUGUGCCUUUUCGGCUAUUAUUAAGUUGCAACGUACUCCCUCGUGGACAUUCUAGUCAAUACUUUUAGUACUUCAAAUAGACUUUGGUUUUGAAUCCAGUCUAAGCAAAACUGCAUGGACUGGGAUCUCACGGAUGUAGUGUCGAGAUUCUCCUUAGACGGAGGGCGCAGCUGGAGCUCGCUACAAGUGUUAAGAACAAAAGAGAGCUCAUAUGCUUUUUUUUUGUUAUAAUGUAGGAGGAGUUGAACUUCGCGACGCGUGAUCAGAAGCAUUUCUUUCUUGGAGUGCGAAGAUUCAUAGUACCCAAGAAUCAUGUUGGCGAUCCAUUUUACUUGAAAACGUUGACAGUGCAAGGGCUUUCUGGUAGGGCUAGUAAAGGAGUCAGACCGACUUACUCUAGGAGUCAGACCGAAUAACACAGCCACUGAUCUCUAAGAGCGGUAGUCCGCGGAUUUUAUGGAUCGCAUGUUGUCGCAGGGAAUCUUGGCGUAGUUCAAGACAUUCGCACUGGCCGAAUUCUACUUCCGUAUUGCUUAUAUCUUUGAUUAUACGUCGAACAAGUGUACAUACAGCUUCUUUGUUUUACUAGCACUAAUCAAGAGUGAAAUCAUUUCUCCCUCGACCAUUUCUCCCUCGACCACCGUAGAUUCACUCGAGGCAACGUGGAGAUGCAUAUGGGUGUGUGUGGUGGUGGGUGUGGUGGUGUGUGCCGUGGCUGUGUGGUGGUGUUGUGUUGUGUGGGUGUGGUGCUGUGGCCUUUGGCGAGUGAGUUGAGAAGGCUGCCGGUCUCAGUUAUUAUUAUAAGUGAGUUAGCCACUGGCACUGCUACUGAGUGAAAUCAUUUCUCCCUCGACCACCGCAGAUUCACUCGAGGCAACGUGGAGAUGCAUAUGACGUAUUCAGACGACGAUGGCUUAAGUUGGACAAAACCCGUCCGACAGCGUAGAUACGAACAUUUUCUGUGUUAAGGAGGAAGAACAAGAGGUCCAUGAUAUGGAUAUUAAUGUUCUCCAUAUCGAUGAUCAAGAAAAAGGCAAAUUGGAAUUUUGGCUUUGAGAAGAUGCCGCUAAAUACAAGGGACACGAGUGAAUGAAUUCUCCUUAGGUCUGAGUUCUAAUCACAGACAUGGGUUGGCUUCGGUCCUCCUGGGGGGAUCCAGCUGCGAAGGUCUGAGCGCUACCGCAAUCGAAUAGUAAUCCCUGGCUACUUUUCAGACUCUCCGGUUUUUUAUGGAAAUGACCGAACAUUGAUUUUGAUUAUUCCUCAUGCGUGCAUCCGACGUUCAAGUUGCUGCACUAGACGUACGUACUUUCUCGAUCAAAAGCUUGGGGAAAAAAUCAAAACCUCCUGCCUACUCCUGUCAACUAUUGCCUACUCUUCCAUCCAACAUCUACCUUUUGAUUUACAUUUUUUUGAUCUCAUCAUCUUCGUCUUCCACCCCACUGCCACUAGAUACCCCACUACAUUUAUCUCUCUCUGAUAUCUUCUAUCUGAUGUCCCAUCCCUUCAUUGACUUGACCUCACGGGAACACAUUUGAGUAAGGCUUUCGUGUGGUAUUCGGAUGAUGGUGGAGCCACAUUUUCCGAAAGCAUCGUCCCCAACGGCCCGCUUGGCCUCUUGCUAGGUCGCGCCGGAAACGAAUGUCAUUAAGGUUCUUCAUCAUAGAUGAGCGCUGGCGCCUCACUAUGUUUCCUAGUACUAGCGUAUGAUGUACAAGUUGUUGAGGGAGUUGUGCUACCUGACAUUUUGAUGAUCUACUAGUGAAAGGUCUAACCCUAGGCAGUGGAGCGGGACGACGGAAGCAUUCUGUUGAGCGUGAGAACGGUACCAAUUACUAAAAUAGACGAAUUCGUGGGCAUAUUCCAUCUUAGGUCCUAAUUGAGAAUGGUGGGCGUAUUAAUUAUGUGUGAGGCGAUUUUUGCCAGUAUCAUCGUAAAGUUGUCGGAAGAUAUGAGGUUAUAGUCGCCUACGCGGUUGCGGCGUUUGCUUUCGCUUAAGGGGUGACCGUUACUGUCCCUUAAGUGGUGCCCGUCACCUGUUAAGCGAGCCUUCGCGCAGAAAGCUAAACUCAAACUAUUUACGAAGUGGUACCCUUCGCUGUCACUUAAGCGGCGACAGUCACCACGUUGUAGAACCUAUGAAAAUAAACUGAAUGCUGAAAUUAAUCCUUGUUAAUUAAAUUCCACCUCUCGAUCAGUAGGAUGGUAUCAUAACCACUUUGGUUUGCAAAUGGAUUUUAGCUCAAAAAAGCUUACCUCCUGAUGUUCUUCAGUAGAAGAAAUUCAUCAAGUGGCUGCCCCGCAUCCGCUUCUCAUCUUACCCCAUCACACUCAGCUCUUCCUCUACCGUGCGCAGAGCUUUUCCUAUGAUGGUGGCGAAACUUGGUCAGCGUUGCAAUUCACGUCCUCUCUCUUCAGUCCCUUCCUCGGCUGUCUAGGGAGUGUGGCUACAUCGACAUUCGACUCACAAAUUCGUCUAGUGGAAUCGGACUUGUGGUCUGCGACUGAGGGAUCGGAUAGAGGUUUAGAACAAGAAAAUUAUUUUUCAAGAAAGUUAUGAGGAACGAAGAAGUCUUUGCCCCUCGACUUGAACGUCGAGCAAGAAUACAUUAUUUUUUUAUGUUUUGAACAGGACUGACGUAAGCAAUCAACGAAGUUCUUUUUACUCAGACUCCAGUGUAAGCGAAGCGAAGGAGGACUACAAAAAAUGAAUGAAGCUGCUAGAAGUGGUCAAGUGCUUGGACAGUUUCGUUUUCAUGUUGACGAGCACUCUAUUACAGUGGGCACGACAAUCCAAUGGAGCGGAAGGGACUUGGGCUUUUCUCCAGCAAGGAUGGUGGUGAAUCUUGGACCCAAGAGCCGGAGGGAAAGCUACAAGCGGGGCCUUCAGGGUAAGCAAUUAGAGGGUAUGCUGAUAGUACUUGAGUUUGGAUAUCUGAUAUGAUAUUAAUUCUGUCGAACGAAGAAAUUGGAAUUACAUAAUUCCAAAUUCGAAUCACAUAAUGUGCUUCCCUGACUCCAGUCACAUAAUAAAUAUGUUUCCCGGACUGUCCAGAUACUCUUCGUUAGUUCACCUGCUGGAAGGGAAAUUGGCUGUAAUUUACGAAGCUGCUGAGGAUUUAAGUGGCUUUUUUGUUCCAGACCACUGUUGGUUUGAGAUUUUUGAGGAUUUUUCUAGCCAGACUGCAAGAAAUGGGACAAGAACAGGUUCAAGUAGUGGUGGGACUCCUGUAGACCGGAAAGAGUAUGGUCUUUUCGAUGCGGCGAAUCGAACAACACUUUUAUGAACACCGCGGAUAUAGAACAAGUAGGUCUGCAUUCUUCUUUUUCCGUCUUUUGUGGAAAUGUAGUUUGGAGUAUUUUCAUCUUCGUCUUCCACAUGAAGAAGUCAGAGUUUGAAGAACUUGUGUCUUUCAUGGACCUGGUCGCAGUAUUUACAGCAUUGGCGCAUGCAAUCGGAUUCCGGUCCUCUCCACGAUAUGUCCUGGCAAGUAGAUGACAAAGGUGCAGCGCGGUUUACUUACUCUUAUGGUGUUGACUCUGGCGUAGGCGUUGCUACAUUAGAAGGCGUAGGCGUUGCUUACUCUUAUCUAUGAUGACCUUGGGUAGGCCUUGAUCUAUUAGAACUGGACUGCUGUAAAGUCAACGUUAGGUAGAGGGUAGUUACAGGAGGGUUGCGCAUUUUUCCUCUUGCAUUGAUGGCAUGGACUAAGUGAUGAAGUCGCGAAGCAGGAGAGUAGCUACCCUUUCGUCUUCUAAUGAAAAGCGGUAUGGUACCUGUUAAUCCUGUUCGACACCAUCGUACUCAGUUGGGCGUUAUUCGCCGUAUCACGCGUUCAACUAUGUUGUAUGUGCUUGUGCUGGUGUUGUGGUGGUUCCGCACGUGACAAGCAGAACAACUUGUACACGUCUGACAGGAAGCGGGAGAACCACCUGGUGGGUGAGGAAAAAGCAGGACAAGGGCCGGAAGAAUUACAAGUACAAAAAAAUAUCACUGAAGCCAAAAAUCUGAACGUUGGGAAAGAUGCCAUCUUGGGUUCGCCUGUCGUAGCAGCUGUUGGCUACCUACCUCACUCUUCUGCAGAUAUUGCGACAAGUACACUAGUAGCUGGCGUUUCGUCGCCACCACCGCAGAUGGAGAAUAUCGACAACAAGGACAAUUCUACUACAACAACCAAAACUAUAAGAGUACUGGACGAGUCUGGUAGUGAGAAUGAUCUUGGUGAAUCCUCUGAAAGGCCUAUUAGUCCUAAUACUGGCGAACAGAGAGAAGUCAUGCUCGCGUUGGGACGCUUUGUAUGGACCGCUUUCUUUUCGUUUUUCUACGGCCUGUGGCUGUGGGGUAUAGUGACAAGCUUAGCGUUUUACCAUGACUUAAGGCAAAAGAAUUUACCUAAGGGGUUCAAGUAUCUUGGCGAUUGAUCAUGACUUAAGGCAAGACAAGAAGCAAGAAGGUAAUUCUAGUUUUACGUGAAGAUAUGUCUUUCUUGAUAAAGUCUAACUCUCGACGGCGUACGAUGGACUCAACAGACGCUGAAUUCCAUAGUCGGGAUGUUGGUUAUGAUCGCUUGUUGCUAUCUGGAACUACAUUGGAAUUCUCGAACAAGAAACCAGUCAGAAGCAAAGAGGACGACUCAUCUGAGAAGCAGUAGUACUACUUCUUUGGAAGGCAAGGAGCAUUGCUUUGGCCGAUUAGUAAGUGCGAAAUACCACGCAGAGAACCAAGCGGAUACAGUGACGGAACUAGAAGAAGCAGUACGGCACAGGGACAACAACUGCUGUUCAUCACGAGUAGAGAGAAGUUCUGGUUCACUGAAAAUUGCGAAAGUACCAGCGGACAGAUCUGCUUUCACUGACGAAGUCAUCACGAGGCAGCAGCCCGAGGAAGAAUCUACUGGCCUUACUCGCCGCUUCCUUAGGAUCAUGUUCGCAGUUUUACUGCUCGUCACAAUCAUGGUCUUCACGGAACAAGCCGUUUUUCUUGUCCCUCCGCUCUUGGUGGUCGGAGGAGUAGUGCUGGUCGGAUAUGACGCUAAAAAAAGUAGUACCUAGAAAAGGACACAGAAGGACAGGUAGUAUGGAGCUAAAGACGGAGGCAGGACUGGAGGUACAUAAGAACUACUAAGUCGCGACUAGGAGUACAUCAGAAUCACUAUCAGUAGUAGUAUCGAUUCGAAUUAUCUUCGAUAGUAGUCGACAUGUGAUUAACAUACUCAGCCGUUUUUGCAGUUUGGAUAAAAAAACAUAGCGAGAAAUGAAGUCUAGCCUUCUCAAAGAAGCUGUUGUCUAUAGUAGUUGUACCUGCCUAAUGUCAUAGGUUGGGGGUUUCAUGACACGGACUUAUAUUUAAUGUAAAUAUACUAGUUUUGUUAUAUCAUCGAUGAUCAUCCUUUUGCAUAGAUUGACUUUCCAUAUCAACCGAUGACUACACGUAAAGAAGAUUACUAACUAGGAGGAUCGUGAUGUUUUGUGUCCUGUUCAAUGAACGUUUUCUCAGGACUGAUAAAAGCAAAAAUGUACUAGACAAAAGUGGAAGAGAAACCAAAAACAACUACUGCAUAGGAACUGUAUUGACACACACGCAGGCAUUGGCAGCCAUACUGUGGAGGGUUGAAGUUCAUAUUAAUAAUGAAUCUCCUCGUGUGUUGUUCUUUUUCCUUGAUCC